AUGGUGAAUAAAAGAAGCAAUCUUAUCGAAAGACGUCUCUAUGAAUAUGCAUUACAUGCUGUUUGUUCUCCAUUUCGUGUGGCCGAGUCAGGAGCAACAAAGGAUCAACUUGCUGCACAUGUUGCUGAACUUUUUAAUGUUAAUCCUGAAGAACAUGAACAAAAAUAUAUGCGAGCUCUUAAGUUACAACCAUGUUCUAUUGUUCUAUUUGUUGAUGUUAAGAAAGCACGUAAUUUACUUGGUGAAGAUCAAAAUGGUCUUAGUGAUCCUUAUUGUAAAGUGAGUGUUAUACAUGUUCCAAAUAAUGAAGAUGAUUCAAAUGCAUUAACAUCAUCGUCAUCAUCUAUAUCAUCUUCAUCAUCAACUAGUCGUUCAAAACGAAGUUCAUCAUUAUUUUCUAGGGCUACUGCAUCAUCUUCAAAAAAUAUAUCAAAACCACUAACGAUAACACAUAGCCGGCGAAGUGAUAAAAGUAGUAGUAGAAGCCGUUCAGCAGAUUGUUCAUCAAUAGCAUCAUCUAAUAAUAGUGAAACCUUGAAAAGUAUUGUUUAUUGUACAAAAGUUCAACCAAAAACUAUUAAUCCAGAAUGGAAUGAACAUUUUGAAUUUGAAAUAGAAAAUCUACAAGAACAACAGUUACAUAUAAGGAUAUUCGAUUCAGAUCGUGAUCAAGUACCAGGAUUUACAACAGUUGUUCAACAAAAACGAGGUUUUUCACGCAAACUCUUAAGAAUUCGAAACUACAUAACAACAGGUGAAAUUGAAGAUGAUUUUCUUGGUCAAGUUAGUCUUGACAUUAAAUCAUUAGCUACAUGUGAUCGUGAACAAUGGUUUCCUUUAACAGGAUUAAAUCAAAAUCGUUUAAGUAAUAGUAGAUCAAGAGGUGAAAUUCUACUUGGAUUAAAAGUUCAUUUUAAAUUGAGUGAUCAAAUCAAUCGGCUUACUGAAUCUUUAUAUUCUCAUUCUCGUACUAUUUCAAAGGAUGAUAAAAGUACAAAAAUUCGUCGACAUGUAUCAAGUGGUACUGUGUUAGAAUUUCGUCGUCGUCAUUCAUCAUUAUCAUAUGCUAAUCCAAAGAAUUCAUCAAUUAUAUUACGUUCAAGUAUUUUUCGACAAAAUUUUCGUCCAACAGCAAUGCAAGCUCGUGAUUAUGCCAAACAGCCUAGUUUUGGAGAUAGUCAAGAAGGAGAUUUGAGUCGAACUGAUUCAUGCUUAACACCAGUUAGCGAUUCAAAGUUACCAUUAUUAAGUGAAGAAUAUCAUCAAUUAACUCUUAUUGUUAUGUUACAUGAAUUAGAAGAUGCAAGAGAUGCAAGUAACAAAAAUCAAUCAAAUAAUUUAGUUAUUGAUUGGAAUGGUUCAUUAAAUGAAUUAUCUUAUAAUGUUCUCACACAAUUUCGUAUUUUAUACAAUAUUUCAGUUCUAUCACAAGCAUUUAUACAUUUACUUGUUAUUAUGGAACUUCGAUGUUCAGAAGAUUAUGCAUUAUUUAUAAGUCAAGGUGUUAUUGAAGCUUAUUUGAAAAUAUUUAUAGAACAAGUACGACAAAGAACUGAUGUUAAUGAUCUGGAUGUUACUGAUUAUGAAAAAACAGUAUUUAAAGAUAUUUUUUAUUUAUUUAUUGAUCAUUAUAAAAAACAUGUACGUGAUGAUGCACAAUGGUUUUUACCAUCGAGAGAAAAUUUAUCAAGUAUUACAAGUAUAUUUGAAACAAUUUGUGCUUUACGUCAAUUAAAAAUCUGUUCAGAUGAAGCAACAAUAAAAACACAUCUUGAAGAAACAAUCAAAACUCGUUUACAAAUGGAUAUUAGUGAUUUAUUUAGUGUUCAUUCGUUUGUAUUUAAUGAUAAGAAUGGUAUACAAUUAAAUACUAUUCGAGAAUUUCUUGAAUUUGUUAAAAAAUUAACGAAAUCAAUGUCAAUUAUAAAAGAAUAUCAGAAAUUCUUUUUAUCAUUUAAUAUGAGUUAUAUAAAAGUAUGUUUUUUUGAAACCAAUAGUGCAGGUGAUCGAUUAACUGAAUUAACAAAAUGUUUAUUAAAAAAUAUGACAGAAUAUGUUCAAAAAUAUUCAAAACCAAUGGUUAAAGCCAAAACAUCAAUAUAUGAUCCAAAUUUAAUUCAAAGUUCAAGUCUACUUUUAAAUUUAUAUUUAUAUUUGCAAACAAUUAUUACAUCACUUCGAGAAACUAUUGGAACACGAGAAUGGUAUAAACAUGCAUUUAAAUUGAAACUAACUGAAUAUCGUCAAUGGUUUUCACCAAAAAUGGAGUUUUUAUUAGAAGGUAUUGUUGCACAAAUUAGACAAAUAAUGGAAAGGGCAGUAGAAGAUGAUAAUAAAAUUUCUCCGGAUGAAGAUAUUAUGCUGUGUUCUCAAUCAUCUAUGGCAACUACUAAUUUAUGUAUAAAGCUUUGCCAAGAAUGGGAAUCAAUUGAUUAUCCUGAUAUAAAUAUACGUUAUACAGCACUUAUUAAAUUAACAAAUACAAUAUGUGAACAAUGUCAACAUUAUGCAAGACGUACAGCACAUAAAUUAUCGGAAAAUAAAUAUUUUACUGAUUUAAAUCGUACAAGAUCAUUUAAUGUUUCAAAAAAAUUAUGUAUAUUAGUUAAUGAUAUUGAAUAUGUUAAACAAAAACUUCUUUCGUCAUUACCAGAUGUGUUACAUUUCUCGACUGUUGUUGAUAAAAUGAAAGAAAAUUAUGAUUCAACAGAUUUUCAACAAACAAAAGUAACACUUGAACGUUUAAUAGCAACAGCUGAACAUGAAAUGAAUGAUGUUAUUACACUUAUAUUUGAACGUGUUGCCACAUUAUUUUUUGUAUCUUUAAAAGAUAAAAUUUCCAAAUAUUAUGAAGAUGAAAAACGUAAAAAAGUCGAUUCUAUGAAAGAUAUAAAUCAAUAUAUUGAUCAAGAAAUUCUUGAUAAAUUAUAUGGAGAUCUUAUAGCAGUUCAGUAUUCUCGUGUUGCUUGUGUUAUACGUCUAAAAGCAUUACAAUGUUUAAGAGAAUUAUUACCAUUACA